AUGCUCUACUACAGUGGACACACCCGACGCAUUGGUGAUGUUGAUGAGGGGUCGACGGUCACAGAUUUCUUGCCAGCUGAGCGAGCUAGAGGCAUCACUAUCCAGUCUGCGGCCAUCACAUUCGAAUGGCCUCCGAGGGGUGAUCAACAAGCUGCCCAACUCGCCAAAGACUUUGAUAUAGGAACAGACACGCAGCCACGAUGUCAGUAUCCUCACAACAUCAACUUGAUAGACACUCCAGGCCACGCAGACUUUACCUUCGAAGUUCGACGAUCGCUGAGAAUUCUGGAUGGUGCAAUUUGUAUCCUCGAUGGAGUCGCGGGAGUCGAAGCACAAACGGAGCAGGUGUGGGCCCAGGCAGCAGAAUGGAAGAUUCCGCGGAUAGCCUACAUCAACAAGCUUGAUCGAGAUGGUGCUGCAUUUGGUAGAACCGUGCGUGAGAUCGGCUCGCGACUCAAGGGGUGGCCUGCUGUGUGUCAAAUACCGUGGUUUGAAGGCGGAAAAGGUCAAUUUACAGGCGUUGGCGAUGUGAUCAACCUAGAGGGACUAUUGUACACACCAGGAGAUGACGGAAAGAGUGUUCGACGGAUUCCACUAUCACAGAUGGAACAAGAAUGCCCAGAUUUGGCCACGGAGCUGCAUCGUGCAAGAGUUGCUCUAGUUGAACUUCUAAGUGAACAUGACGAUCAGCUCGUAGAGGCUUUCUUUGAGGCGGAAGAGGAUCAUCUCAAUGUCACACCUGCUCAGCUGCUCCAAAGUCUUCGAAGGUCUCUCCUUGCCGAAGAUUGCAGCAUCAUUCCUGUCUUUGCAGGCGCAAGCUUUCGAAAUAUUGGGGUUCAACCACUAUUGGAUGCAAUCAACAACCUGUUGCCCAGCCCGGCAGAGCGACCAGAUCCUGAGAUCAGUCUCGGAUCCCGCUCUGGUGGCCUUUCACAGUUAAUGAGGGGCGAACUAUCGCUUCGUAACGACGACACGAACAAGGGAAAGAAGAAAGGAACCGUGCCAGGGGUACCUUCCAUUGAGAACACGCUGCAGGGAUGUGCAUUAGCUUUCAAGGUUGUCAACGAUCCACGCAAAGGCGUUCUUGUUUAUAUACGAGUGUACUCCGGCUCGAUCGAUCGCAAUUCCUUGCUGUAUAAUACGAACUUACAGAACUCCGAGCGAGCGUCGACGCUGUUACGCAUGUAUGCAUCAGAGUCUGUACCUGUACAGUCAUUGAAGGCUGGCGAAAUCGGCGUCAUUGCAGGGUCAAAAUUUGCACGAACGGGCGAUACUCUGGUUUCGUACGCCGGCAACAAAGCCACACCCCCAGAACCCUUAAACAAGCUACAGCUUCGACCUAUCAAAGUACCACCACCGGUAUUCUUUGCAUCGAUAGAGCCGAACAGUUUGCGAGAAGAAAAGGACAUGCAUGAAAAGCUUGCUCUGCUUUUGCGAGAAGACCCCAGCCUGCAGAUUACCCAGGAUGAAGAUACUGGUCAGACCCAGAUCAGUGGAAUGGGAGAACUGCACCUUGAAAUUGCCCAAGACAGACUCGUGAACGACCUCAAGGCUCGGGCUAACAUGGGGAAGAUUGCCAUUGGUUACCGGGAAUCAUUGCCCCAGGCUUCGAAGCCAAUCACUAAAUCCUUGGACGGUGAUCGUGCAGCCACAAAGGGGAGAGCAGGAUGCACAGCGAUUGUAGAGCCAAUCUCGGACGCUGAUGAGCCUUGCAAAGGUAAUGAAGACGACGUCUUUAGUUACGAACAAGACGGAAAUCUCAUCGUUAUUGAGACGCCCACGCUGGACAGAAAGGGCCGGCCGAUCAGCUCCGACAAUGUACCACUACCACCACAUCUCAACCUUACUGAGAUGCAGGCAGCAUACGUCAAUGGCGCACUGGCUGCUCUGAGUAGAGGACCCUCAUACUCCUACCCGAUGCGCAACACCAAAGUUACGUUGAGGCUCAUUCCCGCAGAACAUACUUUUGGCUCCGAGACGACGUACUCUUCACUGACCUCUGCAGCUCGACUUGCCACCAUAGCCGCCUUCAAAGACGCGACAAAAUCCAGUCCAAGUUCGCUGAUGGAACCCGUGAUGAAUGUCGACAUCAGUGUUGAUGAAGCCAGUCUGGGCAAUGUCAUCCAAGACAUCUCGUCAAGUCGCGGUGGUCAGAUUGUGUCCCUGGGAGAUCAUGAGGAGGAGAACGCCAGUAGUGAAGGACCUCAGAGAAUCGAUGUCAACAAGAUUUACGCUCCCAAAGACCCAUUUGAGUCUGGAUCAUCGUUGUCGGGCGAACAACACGAUCAUGUUAACAUCCAGAGGACCGUAAAAGCGAAGGUGCCCCUGAAAGAAAUGGUCGGGUACUUGAAGCACCUCAGAAGCAUGACUGGCGGUCGCGGGACUUUUGUCAUGAGUGUAGACCGCUUCGAGAGGAUUACCGGUCCUCGAGAACGAGCACUGAUCGCAGAGUUGCGCGGAGGAGACCUAUGA